AUGAAGAAGUCAAAGAUCACUGAUUUCGAUCCCGAGGCGUUGCUUGACCCGGCGCCGUCAAGCUCUAGCGAAGACGAACGCUCCGAUUUAUCUGGUGCGGAAGAUGAUGAUGCAGGUCGCGAGCAUUACGCAGAUGUUGGCAAGAGCAGGUUGAGGAAGAAGGAGGUUGUUCCUUUGGGUCCCCAAUACACUGGUACCCAGGUUAGCCGCGAUGCCGUGGAAGAUGAGGACAGCGACGACCCGUUCGCGAAGCGCUUUGACGAAGAUGGCAGCCGCAGCGAGGACGACGAAGACAGCGAAGUUGAACCUGAGAAUGGCAUAGCUCCAGGGAUUGUCGGUUCGGGUAGUGGCGAAGAAGACGAGGAGUCUAGCGAGGAAGAGAAAGGCUCGGAUGAGGACGAGGAUGUAAACGGCGUGGAUGAAGACGAGGACGCAGAUUCCGAGGAAGACUCAGAUGACGACGACGCAUCCGAGGGCGAGGAUGAUAACGAUGUUCGGGCGCUCAUGGGAAAGAACAAGGAAGACGUGCGAGAGUUGAUGAAGGACCAGAAGUCGCUCACCACCAGCCUGGCUGCAGCCGCGCAGUCAGAUGUCGCCAAAGGCCAAGCGAUCAAAACCCAACGAAAGACUUUCGAUUCCUUCCUCAACACCCGAGUGCGCUUGCAGAAGGCGCUGAUCUCGACGAAUUCCAUGGUUGCUGAAGGUCACAAAGACGAAUCUGCACCGGCUUCCUCGAUGGAGGCCGCCGAAGCUGCGGCAUUGGCGCUCUUGAACAACCUCACGGAUCUCAAGGCUUCAAUAGAGGAGGCACGUACGGGCGAAAAGCGCAAGAGAACACCCUUCACAUCCUCCACCGCUUCCUCCGAGAUCUGGAAUAACCUGAAGGCCUCCGAAAGCGCUACAAAGAAGCAAAGAAGAGCCGUCUUGGAAAAGUGGUCUGCAAAAACACGAACUGCAAAGAUUGCCACUGCGCAGCGACAACUCAACGUCAGCGCCGAGCAGACAUUGACCGAAGUGCUCGACUCCCAGCUCAUGAACUCAGACCACCUUUCAGCAACGUCUAAGCCUGUUCCUGAUGCGAAUAUCUAUGAUGACGCUGACUUCUACGGCCUACUUCUGAAAGAGCUGCUCGAGCAACGGUCCGCCGAUCUGUCCAACAGCGGCACGGCAGAGUUCGUGGUCCAGGCGCCUUGGCAGGUAGCGCGUGAAGCGAAGACGAGGAAGGUCGUCGACACGAAAGCAAGCAAGGGACGACGGCUGCGAUAUACCGUGCACGAGAAGCUGCAGAAUUUUAUGGCGCCGGAGGAAAGAGGGCUUUGGGGUGAACGCCAGCGGGACGAGCUUUUUAGCAGUCUGUUCGGGCAGCGCCUUGCACUGGGCGAGCAAGACGACGUCGAGAGUGAGGAGGAGGAUGCAAUGGAAGCCGAAGAGCAAGGCUUGAUGCUAUUCAGAAGCUAG